AUGGCGAGAGACAGAAAGUGCAUCCUCUGUGAAACAGUCCACGUCUCCAAGCAGGAGAUGGAUGAGCACAUGAGGUCUAUGCUGCACCACCGUGAGCUGGAGAAGCUCAAAGGCCGGGACUGCGGACACGAGUGCAGAGUGUGCAAGGUGACGGUGGUGAGCCUGACUGAUUAUGCCAGCCACAUUUCCAGUCCCACGCACAAGCAGAAUGUGGAGGCUGCGGAACAAAAGCACGCUGGGAACGACCACGAGGAGGACUACUUCGACCAAGCGCUGGCGGACCUGAUUGAAAAGAGGAAAGAACAGAUCAGAAAAGAGAAGGAGGCGGCUGCUGCAAAGCUGGCAAAAGAAGAGGAGGACCGGAAGAGAAAGGAGGAGUUUCAGCAGAGGUUAAAAGAAGCCAAGCAGCGAUACCGACUGGAGUGCGCCUGGCAGCAGCCGUCACAGGGGUUCGGUGGAUCUGGUCAGCACAGUUCUUGGUACAGGAGCAACAGAUAUAAUGCCAAACCGGGGGACCCCCGACCCUGGCACAAUAAUAGACAGGGAAAGAGCGCCACCUGGCACGCUCAGGAGCCCCCCAACUUUCAGAAAUGGUCGUCUGAAGAGAUUGUUGGUGGGAGCUUGAAUAACCAGGAAGGCUGGAACAGGAGGCAGUGGGAUCAGGGCGGGUUUUCUGGCAAUCAACAAAGUCGACUGCCUUGGCUCAGCAGCGGCGGCAGUAGUAAUGGGAUCUACGGCCACAACAAUAUUUCCCAGUACCCACAAAGGGGCCGGCCCUUGAGCCUCUUGGGGCCUGUUCCGACGUGUCCACCUCCCCCCAGUUUCUUUUCCCGGACUUUGAACCAGUUUCAAAAGACAGCCAAUGACCAGGGAGCUCAGCAGGGUGGUGGGCUUCAAAAUGGAGAGGGACAACUUCCAGAGUCUGACCACAACAGUAAUAAAAACUCUAAGAACUUUGGUAGCAAUCCAAAGCUGGACAAGACCUUUCGCUGGUCGCCCUAUCCAGUCACAAAGGGCUUUGAAUCCGUGUCCCAUAAAGACUCCAACCCGAACUCAUCAGAGAAGCACCCCAAAGUCCCCAAGCCCCAGAAGCAAGACAAAGCACCAGACACCAGUGCCUUUAACAGGCUGUCCCGACCUGAGCAGAAACAAGGGCAGUCGACUCCUAGUGUGGAAGAGAAAAAGACACAUAAAACAAGUCCCAAAACCAAGCCCAGAGAUAGGAGCAGCAGCGGCAGUAGAAGCAGCAGUGCUCAGAGAGAAGGCCCCCAGAACUGCACAUCUGGUCCUUCCAACCAGAAGGACAAUAAGCCUCUGCUGCAGAAGGAUAAGAAGAUGUCCUCAGUUCCUGGUCUCAGCAGUGGAGCGCAGCUCAGUAAGGCCUCCGGUCAAGCGCAGGCACAAUCAAAGCCAACUGCAAAUGCAAAGCAGAGUGGACUCAGCUCUAAGGCUCCAUCUGCUGGGCCCCUGAAAUCAAAUCAAGAACGGCAGCUGUCAGAAACCUUCUGGAAAGUAAGACGGAUUAUGUUAGAAAAGAGAGGCUCUUUGGACAGCUCCAGUGACAACAAGACAGAGAUGGCGCGGCACAUUGCGGAGGAGCAGCAGAGGGAUCACGCUCAGAGUCAGAUCGGAGUCAACAAAGAAAACAGCUGCAGGCAGAAUGCUGCUAAACCAAAUCUUCCUGACUUAGUCAGGCCAGAAAAGCCUGCAUUGCAGUCUUCAGACAGCAGCCAGUUUCUGCAGUCGUUACAAGUGAGCACGUCUACCAUGGAGAGCUCAGAGCCCGCGGCCUCCGGCAGGGAAGAUGAGGAGAAGAUGAAGAAAGCGGAGAAGCCAACCUGCUCAGUUGCCCCGGGUGAAGCCAUGCAGGCUGUCGAGGCAGGGCAGAGCUCAGAGAGUGACACCUCCAGAAGCGGUGAGGCGCCGACGGUCUCAGGGUCAAACACAACAAGUCUGUCCAAACUUGACCUGCCUCCCGUCUUAAAGCGUGACCUGACCAAACACAUCAGCUCGAAGAGCAAAACAGGAAACCACGAGCCCAACCUGAACAUCGCCAGACGGGUGCGAAACCUGAGCGAGUCACGGAGAAGCGACACAGAAAAGGACUCGGGCCUCAAACCGACGGUGCGGCAGCUCAUCAGCUCCUCCGGGUCUCGGCGCAACGUGAACUGGGAGCAGGUGUAUCAGGAGGUCAGGAAGAAGCAGGACAAGGGGAAAGGCAUGCCGAGGUUUGGGAUCGAGAUGGUGCCAAACGAGCAGGAGGACCACAGCCAGGAGGAGGACGACAUUCCCCUGCUGGAGGGUUUGCACUGGGAGUCGUUGAUAGACAUCUCUUCUCCGGGUGCCUCCCGAAAACGCUCCUUAUCAGAGAGCAGCCUCGCCCCGGCCUCCGCUCCCUCCCUCUUUACAUCCCUCCUGUCAAAGGAGAUGGCGGAAAGAGAAAGCCUCAGCUCAGAGCAGCAGGUAUCCUCUGUGUCUCCCGCGCUCGCUCAGGGGAACAAAGACAGUCACUGUCAACAGCAGGUGGAGCAGAUGCUCGGCCAGUUUGAGGCCAAAGCACAGAAGCAGCCCGACAAGCUAACGUCAGCGUCAGUGAAGGCCCUCCAGCGAUCGGACUCUGUGCUCGGGGACAGCAGUUCAGGGACGGAGCAGUUUGACGGUCAGGGGACGGGGAAGAGGCGAAGAGCAGCUGGGGACGCUCCGAGUGCAGAAACGUCUUGUGUGGAACACAAUAGCAAAAGACGGAGGGUCAAAUCCAAAAAAGAGCGUUUACAGAUCGACCAGCUGCUGGCUGUGUCUCUGCGGGAGGAAGAGCUGAGCCGCUCCCUGCAGACUGUGGACACCAGCCUGAUCCAGGCCCGGGCUGCACUGGAGGCCGCCUACAUGGAGGUGCAGCGUCUCAUGGUGGUUAAACAGCAGGUGACGGUAGAGAUGAGCUCACUGAGAAACAAGCGCAUUGAGUUACUCAAAGGGAUGCAAGGCAGCAUGGAGGAAGCACCGCAGCUCAAACUGAAAGAGGAGAGGAUGGAUUUCAUAGACACAGACCCACACCUGUCCUCCUCUGUUACGCUUUCCUCCAUUACGGACUCUGCUGACGUUGGCGGUUCCCCCAGUCCCGGUCCUCCUGCUCAGCGCGCCUCCCCUCCAUCCUCCAGCCUCCCCUUCCUGCCUGUCGUUAUCAAGCAGGAGCCCCAGUCUCCUGUCCACGUCAGCUCCGAGCUGGACCCUCUGGACAGUAUCACCCACUGCGCUCACAGCACCACACCGGAGCUGCCUGUCGCUCCCGCUGCAGCCUCCCCGACAGAUUCUGCCCUGAACUUCCAGCCAUCUCCUGAAAGAAAGCCUGAGCUCUACCAGAUGCACACAGAACAUAUUUGGGAGAACUUUGUAGAGCCUGCAGACAAAGACGGCCUGUCGGGAUUGGCUAAGACAACGGCCAUACAGACAACAAUAAGCUGUCUCACCCCUCUGCUUGACUCUAAAUCCUCCAUAAAGCCUCUGUCACCCAGCAGGAGGGGCUCUGAGGUGGGGAGCGUUGUCGACUGUGCUGCCACAAAGACCUUUGAGCCUCCCUCUGCGCCUUCGGUCCUCAAUCUGCCCGGCUCGCCGUCUGAACUGAGCGGCGGGAAGCGCGUGAGGAAACUGAAGAAGAGGAAGGUGUUGAAGAAGGCUCAAGGGACGGAGCAGCCCGAGAGCAGCGACACCGAGAUAGACGGAGAGCCCUCGAGGCCCAGGUGGCUCCGACCUCGCCGGAGACCCAGUGGAGGCUCCCAGGUCAGCACCUCCACUCUGCCCACAGAAGACAGAGAGGGCGACCUGAACAUGGAGAGCAGCGAGGACGUGCGUAAGAUGCCGUGUCCGACCCUCAGACCGGAGAGAGGAGACCGCAGCUCCUCCAAACACAUGGUGGAGCUCCCCCAGGUGGCGCCCGCCGAGCUGACGCCGAACUUAGACUCGGAGGAAAGCAUGGAGGUCACGGCAGCCUGUCAGCAGCCUCACAUGGACGCCCUGGUUCCAGCUCCCGCUCCAGUCCAGAUCCCGGACUCCUCCGGUCCUGAGCCACAGAGCCUGGCCUGCAACGAGGUCACCUCCACCAGCGACAUGGAAAUAUGUAAAUCCUCUGAGAGUGACAUGCCAUUUCCAGUCACGUUGCCCAAGAUAACGAAGACCUCAUCAGAUGCGUCCUCUGACCACGGCGAGGACGACAUUCCCACCGAGGGCGCGUUCGAGGGCCACCAGGAGGCGGUGAACGCCGUGCAGAUCCACAACGGGCUGCUGUACACGUGCUCAGGAGACCGGACUGUGAAAGCCUUCGACCUGGUGAGUCAUAAAUGUGUCGGUGUGUUCGAGGGUCACAGCUCCAAAGUGAGCUGCCUGUUGGUGUCUGCGACUCCCUGCCUGCAUCAUCGCCUUUAUACCGGCUCCAGUGAUCAGACCAUCCGCUGCUACAGUCUCAGGACUCAAGAGUUCGAGCAGCAGUUUUCUCUGUCAGACCGAGUCCUCUGCCUUCACAGCCGCUGGAGGACUCUGUACGCAGGCCUGGCGAACGGCACGGUCGUGACCUUUAACCUCAAGACAAACAAGCAGAUGGACGUGUUCGAGUGUCACGGGCCGCGCGCCGUGAGCUGUCUGGCCUCGUCGCAGGAGGGAGCCCGCAGGAUCCUGCUGGUCGGCUCCUACGACAACACCAUCAGUGUGAGGGACGCCAAGAACGGACUCCUGCUGCGCACGCUGGAGGGACACACCAAGACUGUCCUCUGCAUGAAGGUGGUCAACGAUCUGGUCUUCAGUGGCUCGAGUGAUCAGUGUGUCUACGCUCACAACAUCCACACAGGAGAGCUGGUGCGGGUCUAUAAAGGUCACAGUCAUGCUGUUACUGUGGUGUCCAUCCUGGGGAAGGUGAUGGUGACCGCCUGCCUGGACAAACUGGUCCGGGUCUACGACUUGCAGUCUCACGACCAGCUGCAGGUCUAUGGUGGACACAAGGACAUGGUGAUGUGUAUGGCUAUCCACAAGAACAUGAUCUACACAGGCUGUUACGAUGGCAGCGUGCAGGCCGUCAAACUGAACCUGAUGCAGAACUACCGCUGCUGGUGGCACGGCUGUUCGCUGGUCUUCGGGGUGACGGGGCAUCUGCAGCAGCACCUGAUCAACGACCACGCCAGCGUCAGCUCGCAGACGCUCAAGUGCCGCUGGAAAAACUGUGAAGAGUUUAUCUGCACACGCAACAGCCCCAAGCAGGGGAUGCUGGUGCACAUGCGGAAACACGCCGAGGAGGAGAUUGAACUGGAGCCUUAAGGGCCGGUGAUGGGAACACUGUUUCC